AUGGAUAUCGCGGACGCACUUCAAACGCACCCCACCGCCAUAAAAUGCAUCGACAUGCAUACAACCGGCGAGCCAACACGUAUCAUCUAUUCCGGUUUCCCGCAAUUACGCGGCACCACUCUUCUCGACAAGCGCGACGAUGCUCAGUCGCGCUACGACCACCUCCGUAAACGACUCAUGCUUGAACCGCGCGGCCACAGCGACAUGUACGGCGCUAUUUUGGUGGCUGAUACGGAACUCGUGCAGAAAGGGGAUGCGCAUAUCGGCGUGUUAUUUACACAUGCAGGUGGAUUCUCGACUAUGUGCGGGCAUGCGACUAUUGCCCUGGGAAGGUUUCUGGUUGAUACGGACGAUCGAAAUGUUUUCCCAAAGAGGGGCCACUUGGUAGUUGAUUACGAAAAGAAAGAGGUCGAGGUUCGGAUUCAUGCGCCUUGUGGGGUUGUGACGGUUUCGGUACCGGUCAUUAGUGAUGAGCAUGGCAGGGUGAAGUCUGAUGGGAGCAGAGGGGUUUCGUUCCUCUCAACGCCGGGGUAUGUUGCCGGUUUGGGAAUUGAGGUAGAGAUUCCAGAGGAGGUGAGGUGGAGGGAACUAGGUAAGAGGAAGAGUAUCGUGGUUGAUAUUAGCUAUGGGGGUGCUUUUUAUGCACUCGUUGAGGCUCAGAAUAUGGGCUUUCAGCGAGGACUAGGAGGUGACGAGGCAGAGAUGAAGGCGUUGGCGGCAGCGGCGCGGAGCUUGAAGCAGUAUCUACCGACGCACCCGGCCGUGACUGAAGCAAUGCAGCAGUCAGAGGAUGAGAGACUUUCCUUUUUGUACAGUGUUAUGGUGAUUGAUCCAAAGAUCGGCUUUCGGCCAAAUGGUGCUGAGGGCGCCGAAACUGGGGUAUGCUUUUUCGGAGAGAAUGGUCAGGUUGACCGCUCGCCUACCGGGUCUUGCGUGACAGCGAGACUGGCGUUGGCGCAUGCAAAGGGUGUUAGAGGGCUUGCGCAGCGGUGGGCUUAUAACUCUCUCGUGUCAAACCAGUUCGCAACUGGGGCGUUUGUAGGCACGCUCGUUGACCAAACUGUCAGUGUCACGGGUUUCAAGGGAAAUAAGUGGCCUGCGGUAGUUGUACGUGUUGAGGGAAGUGCAUAUUACACGGGAGUGAUGACCCUUUUGCAUGAGGAGGGCGAUGUCACAAGCAAGGCUGGAUUCCUAAUGGAUAUUUGA